AUGGUCUUUGGCGGCAAACUUGAGAUACAUCUCAAGCACAACGUAAGCAGUCUCAUUUCGAUAUCGGGAAAAGAGGCACGCCGGCAUCAGCUCCGAAUCCGCUACGGAACGUGGCACCAGAGCGUGACAUUGCGUGCACCGACGAGCGCUAUCUUCGAGACGUGGUGGGCGGCACUUGAGAACGCGCUUGCCUUGCCUUACUUUGUGUCGAUCCCCAUCGUUGACGCACGCGCACAUCAAGUGACCGUCGCGCCAGUUAUACCCGCAGGACGCAACACGGCACGACACAAGCAGACAGCCACGCUCGACAUUGUGGUGGCACGAAAGACCAAAGAUAUAAUACUUGACGAUAUGCCCAUGCUGGAAGCCAAAGGUCCUUCAUCUCCCACCGAAAUUGACGUUCCGGCAAGCUGGAGGACGUGGUGCAGUCUGGACUCCUGUGCAAACGUACCAAAUGCCCCCGGUUAUCAUACAUUCAAUGAUGCUGUAGGCACAACCGGCGAUAACGUAUCCUCCAACGAAAGCGACAGCGACAAAAAUUCACUGUACUCCCGUGACAUUAGCGAGUUUUGGUCAAGACCAUCGGAGUGGAAAGACGACGUACACGAACGACAUCCUCAUCUUGUCACGUUUAAGACGGAAAACGCUCACCACUGA